AUGAAGCAAAAUAUUGGGCGGGGCGAAUUUUCUCAGUUCCCCAAUUUGUCACAGACAAGCUGCCAGGAAGACGACGUUUCAACUUACGUUCAACAUUUAAAUGCCCUCUAUUCAGAUUUUGAAUCUAGGUUUGAGGAUAUUUUGACUACGGUAAUACCACCGUGGAUAAGUAAUCCAUAUGCUGACAUAGAAGAAACGAAUGUCAUAAUACAAGAGAAACUGACUGAACUAAGUACAAACGAAGAACUUAAGGUUAGGUUAAAAACGGAUAUCAGCAAUUCUGGCUGCAAAACAACAUACCCGUUACUUAUCCCGUAUUAUGGAAUAUAG